AUGAACCCGCCGCCCCGACUUGCGGUGUUUACCCUUUUAUUUAACCCAAGCUAUUUGCCGGGAGCCACGGUAUUGGCGCUAGCCGUCCGUCACCAAGUGCAAGCCCGCCAGUGGGCUCAACCGCCGACCAUUGGCGUGUUGGUGGAUACGCUGAAGUUCUUACCCCACCAAUUGGAUGUGUUGCAGGCUCUCUUUGACGAGGUGAUUACUAUAGACUCCAUCGUCCUGACACAAACAGACAAAUUAUGGGGCGACCUCGGCCGCCCCGAAUUGGCAGCGACGUUUUCGAAGGUUUGGUUAUGGCAACUCACCCAGUACGACAAAGUGCUCUAUUUGGACGCCGACACCCUUCCGUUGAACGCCGGUGACGCCCUGGUGGUGGACCUUUUGACUAAAGUCGACGUCCCCCCUCACUCAAUCGCGGCAGCUCCCGACUCUGGCUUCCCCGACGUGUUUAACCUGGGGGUGUUGUUACUUACUCCUAACUUACACGACUUCUCUGGGUUAGUGGCGGCGACCAAAAUUCCCGACCUGCUGUUUGAUGGUGCCGACCAAGGUUUACUUAACCAAUACUUUAACCCUCAACCUGACUGGGUCACCGAGACCAACAGCUCCAACUGGAUUCGUCUUCCCUUUGUCUACAAUUGCACUCCGCUGGCUCAAUACCAAUACUCGCCAGCCGUUAAGUACGUGUCGCAACCUGAAGUGCCUGACUUGGCUGGUGCUGCCAUCCCCGAUCACCAGGCUAGUGUCGAUGACUCAUUAGUUGACCAGUUAGCAAACUACCAUCAGGCGGCGCUUACUUACAUCCGUCAUAAUCUGGGGAUCAAGCUUAUGCAUUUCAUUGGCCCCAACAAGCCGUGGUACCACAAGGAAGCCUCGGUGUAUGCUCCUUGGUGGCAGGCUUGGGAACUGGCCUUCGGCAACUUGAGUGUACACGGUCUUACUCGCGACCACAUCACACCCCAAGUGGUCGACCGCGUGGGCGAAGUGUACUCUAGGCCGGCUGAGCAUGACAAACAUAUUUCCGAAUCUAAGCCGACUGAGACGCACCAAAGUCACGAGGAAUCAGUUCAAGAUGACCACUUACCCGCGUAUCAAGAUUUGUUAGUGAACCCCCACCUGUACGACGCGUUCGGAACGGCACCGGAAACAUCGGCCCAUGAGUGGAAUGCGGCAAAAGAGGCACCCCCGCCUCAACCUAGAAAUACCCAAACACACGACUUCACCUUGCUUGAACAAGGCAUGAGACUGUUCCAAAAUGAAUGGGACAGAAACCCUGCCAUUGACCAAGUUGAAGAAGAUUAUGCCGAGCUUGACGCUCAAAGACCGCCUCCCCCGCAACAGUUUGAGCCUUACAAAGAAACCCACGCUCCUCCUCUUAGUCUGGCGUUAGAAUAUAACUACGUCCCGCCCGAAAGAGUAUUCGAGGGCGAUGACUACUUCCCCGUGCACCGUUUACCUAAACCUAAGCCUGCCCGCAAGCCUCAAACAGAAGAGGUUGUAGCUGAUGACGAGCAAUCCGACGAAGCCCUCGAGGAGAUCGCUGAAGAAAACUUGUUGGACCUGGACCUCGAAGAAGAUGUCACGGUGCAAGAAGACAUCGUCGAGGUGGAAACGGAAGUUUUGCAACCGGAAAGAUCGAAGUUGUUCCCGUGGGAAUACAAGUCAGAUGUGGAAGGGGUUACUGCUGAACGCGUCUUUGACUAA